AUGCUCACAGACUACGAGGCUAUCGGUCACGACGCCGAUACGUUUGAUCUUGCGGCCCAAAUUGCAGGGGCGGACACUUUUGAAUCAAGUCUGGAAGUGAAUCUCGAAAAGGAGCCGCCCACAUGGCGUCUAGACAAGAAGAUGCGAAUCCUGUGCCUUCAUGGCUUCGGACAAAGUGGCGACUUCUAUCGCAUGAAGAUGAAACGCAUUUCUCAGUAUCUGGAGCAGAAUCUUGACCCAGACCUACACGGUGAUUACGCAGAUGGUAUAGAAUGGAUGUUUCCGGAUGGGCCGAUUGAGCUCACAACGGAGGCGCUACAGUCGGACAUUCUGGAGAUGCGUGCGUGGUGGACCAGGCUAGAUUUCACGAUCAGGCUUGACCAAUUGUACAGCAGCCUGGACUACUUGACCAAGUAUAUCCGGGAGUAUGGGCCAUUUGAUGGCGUCGUCGGGUUCAGCCAAGGAGCAUCCAUCGCCAUGAUGCUCACCGCACUCUGCGAAGGCAGUGUGAGACCGGAGCGAGUGACGGCGCUGGCGAAUCAAGGACUUCCACUGCUUAUACCACCACCGCAGACUCCUUUCAAAUUCGCGAUCGCAUGCUCGGGAUUCCGGAAUGCACCCCAAUUCUACGACGGCUUCUUCACACCAAAGAUCAACACUCCUACAAUGCACGUUAUUGCCGAUUGGGACCACAUGGUAUCGGCGCAGAUGUCCGCCGAUAUGAUUGCUGCCUGCGAAAACCCAGUCGUCAUUCGACAUGCAGGAACACAUGCUCUACCAACCGACAGGAAUAGCAUGUGGGAAAUGUCACAAUUCUUCAACCGAUCUUGCAUUAAGGCGGCGCUUGCGGAGCGAUCGCUGGCUGUAGAAGGCCUCCCGUUGAGACGAGCCUCGCUGAUCACACAAGCGACAUUGACAGUGACUGCUAUAACCAAUGUUGCAUUGUCGGAGAGCGAGAUGCCGCCAUUGACGAAUGCUUCUACAUCGCCGAAGAGUUCCGGCCCACCGUCACCGGGGUCAAGUGUUUCUGGCGCGACCAACACUAUAGGGAAACGGAGGAAGCGCCUACGAUUCGCUCGUCGGAUUACUAUAC